AUGGAGGUGAACUGUGAGGAGUUGGAGAAAGCACUCGUCGGAUCUGACCCAGAGAGGUUUUUUCAAACUGGCUCAGAAUUGCCGCCCCAAGAGAAGUCAGCAAUGACUGCCUUCCUCCGACAGAAUUUAGACGUGUUUGCUUGGGACCCCUAUGAGGCCCCCGGGGUAGAUCCAGAUUUCAUCUGCCACCGCCUUAAUGUGAACCCGGCCAUAACCCCUAAGAGGCAAGCCCCUCGACGACCAUCGAAAGAACAUACUGACGCCGUGAUAGAAGAGAUGGGUAAAAACAUUGAAGUGUACAUAGACGACAUGGUGGUUAAAAGUAAGCUGGCUCCCAACCAUAUUGAUGAUCUCGGGAACGUUUUUCAAACACUAAGAAAGUAUAAACUACGGCUGAACGCGACCAAAUGCUCAUUUGGAGUGGGAUCUGGAAAGUUCUUGGGCUAUAUGGUGACUCACAGAGGCAUCGAGGCUAACCCUGACCAAAUAAGAGUCAUCCAUAACUUACAGCCUCCUCGGAACCCAAAGGAAGUCCAGAAGCUUACUGGUAUGAUAGCAGCUUCAAACCGUUUCAUCUCGCGCUCAGCAGAUAGAUGCAGGCCAUUUUUUCUCCUAUUGCACAAGUGGAAAGGAUUUGAGUGGGAUGAGGAAUGCGCUACUGCUUUCCAACAGCUAAAGGAAUACCUCACCCAACCAUCGAUUAUGUUCAGUCCCGAGGCCGACGAGGUUUUGUUCGCCUACAUAGCAGUGGCUCCACAUGCAGUAAGCUUGGUGCUUAUCCGAGAAGACAACAGCACACAGCGACCAAUCUAUUACGUUAGCAAAUCGCUGCAGGAGGCAGAAACCCGUUACCUCCCCCUCAAAAAGGCUAUCCUGGCCAUCGUGCAGGCCACAAGAAAACUUCCCCACUAUUUUCAAGCACACACGGUUGUGGUGUUAACUCAACUCCCCUUAAAAUCCAUCCUACGCAGCGCCGAUUACACAAGUAGAAUUGCAAAAUGGGAAACUAUUUUGGGCGCCUUUGACAUUAAAUACAUGCCUCGUACCGCUAUAAAGGGCCAGGUCCUCGCGGACCUGGUGGCAGAGUUUGCGGAGCCCGCAUCAGAGGGAAAGGAAGUGUUGGUCUUACUGGGGGCUGAUGAGAAGAUGAUCAACACGGUCUCCCAGCACGAAAACACCUGUUGGAAAGCGCACGUCGAUGGCGCAGCGAACCAAAGGGGCUCAGGGUUAGGACUUGUCCUGCUCUCACCUGAAGGGAUAACCAUAGAGAAGUCACUGAGACUCGGGUUUUCAGCCACAAAUAACGAAGCCGAAUAUGAGGCGCUACUGGAAGGAAUGGGAAUGAUCCGGAAGUUGGGAGGAAAAUCUGUAGACAUGUUCUCGGAUUCAAGACUUAUUGUGGGGCAGAUAAAUGGGGACAUGGAGGCAAAGGACGAAAGAAUGCAGGAGUAUCUAGUUCGGGUUAAGCACCUACAGACCCAAUUUCAUCACUUCCGCCUGACGCACGUAUCCAGAAGUGGGAACACUCAUGCUGAUUCUCUUGCAACGUUGGCUACCUCCUCGGCUCAACCCCUGCCUCGAGUCAUUUUGGUAGAAGAGGUCCUCCGUCCAUCAACAGAAAGGGCCAAUGGGAUUGGAAUACAUAGCAUCAGGGCCGGACCGAGCUGGAUGGACCUUAUCGUUCUAUACUUAAAGCAUGACACCUUGCCAGACGAUAAGGUUGAGGCUGGGCCGUACCUGCUAUGUGUACCCCCAGAGGCUGCAGAACUCAUCCUGGAAGAGUUACAUGAAGGAAUUUGCGGAAGUCACACAGGGGGUAGGUCUUUGUCUCAUAGAGCCUUAACGCAGGGUUAUUGGUGGCCGAGCAUGCAUAAGGAAGCCCUGGAUUAUGUGAAGAAGUAUGACCAAUGCCAAAGAUUCGCCCCGAGCAUACACCAGCCUGGUGGAGAGCUAAACCCAAUGUCUAGUCCCUGGCCAUUUGCACAAUGGGGCCUAGAUAUACUUGGUCCAUUCCCCAAGGCAACAGGGAAUAGAAAAUUUCUUCUCGUCGGCACCGACUACUUCACCAAAUUGGUAGAGGCGGAGGCGCUGGCAAACAUUAGAGACGUCGAUGUCAAGAAGUUUCUCUAG